UUUUGCAGCCGAACGCUCAAUCUUCGCAGCAUCCGAUGCAUCGGCUACGACAUGGACUACACGCUGAUCCACUACAAGGUGACCGAGUGGGAAGGGCGAGCUUACCACUACGCCAAGGAGAACCUGAAGCAGGUUGGCUUCCCGGUCGAUGACCUUCACUUCAACCCGGAGCUCGUCUGCCGAGGUCUCAUAAUCGACAAGUCCCUCGGCAACAUGGUCAAGGUUGACCGGUUCGGGUACGUGAGGCGAGCAAUGCACGGGACCCGCCGACUGUCUCACCGGGAGACGCAUGAGAUCUAUGGGAGGCAGCUGGUGGACCUGCGGGAAAAGCGAUGGCUGUUCCUCAACACGCUCUUCUCUGUAUCGGAAGGAUGCUUGUAUGCACAGCUGGUGGAGAUGCUGGACUCGGGGGGACUGAAGAUCCCGACGGAGUCAGGCGACUACAUGCAGCUCUCCUACGAGCAGCUCUUCAACGCUGUGUCCAAGGCCCUGUUCAAGGCGCACGUGGAAGGGAGGCUCAAGGCUGACGUUAUGAGAGACCCUGAGAAGUACGUGGAGUUUGACAGGGAAGUGGCUCUCACUCUCCUGGAUCAGAGGGAGGCAGGCAAGAAGCUAGCGCUCAUCACGAACUCGGACUGGGAGUACACCAAGGUGAUGAUGGCGCAAGUGAUAGAUCGGUUUCUUCCCAAGGGCAUGACGUGGAGGGAGAUUUUUCACGUCAUCAUCGUGUCUGCGCGCAAGCCCGCGUUCUUCUCUCAGAGCAUGCCCCUAUACGAGAUCGUGACGGAGGAUGGGAUGAUGAGGGAGAAGUUCAGGAUGAAAGAGGGGAGGAUCUACUCGGGGGGAAGCGCGAGCAUGGUUGAGAAGCUGUUCAACUGUGAGAGGGACGACAUCAUGUACAUCGGCGAUCACAUCUUCACGGACGUCAACGUUGCGAAGCUCUAUAUGCGAUGGAGGACGGCUCUUAUCGUCCGUGAGGUGGAGGAGGAGGUGGUCGCGAUGGAUCGCGGAAGGCAACACACCCAGGAGCUGCACAGUCUGAUCAAGAGCAAGGAGCAAUGCGCCAACAUCCUCAACCACAUCCGUACUGAGCUCCACCGAUACCGCGGGCUAGGACUCAAGUCCUCCCUGUUCAAUGCCUCCUCGGAGAAGGAGCUGUACGAGACCAUGGGGAGGCUGCUGGGGACGAUGGUGGAGUAUGACAACAAGAUUGCGCCCAUGUUGUAUCAGGAAGGGUCUCACUUCAACCCCUACUGGGGCUACAUCAGCCGAGCUGGUUAUGCCGACAAGUCGCACCUGAUGCGGCAGAUCGAGAAGUACGCUGACGUCUACACGUCUCGCGUCUCAAACUUCCUCCGCUACACGCCCUACAUGUACUUCCGGGCUUCGAAGCAAUCCCUUGCUCAUCAUCGCAACUUGGAUCAGUACCGGCAAGAGGUGAAAACUUUUCCCGCUCUCACGUUAUGCUUCCUCCUUCCAUACUGUCUUCACUUCUCCUCCUUCAACAGUCCUCACUGUCUCCUCCUGCUGGCAGUGCACUCCCUCGGGUUUCUCACUCCCUCCCCACUUCCAUUCUCUCCACACUCUCCCAUUCCUCAUCCUCCCCUUCUUUUCACGAGAGCUGCCACAGGUCCCCGCAAGCGUGCUUGA